CCAACCCAAUCUCUCUCUCUCUCUCUCUCUCUCUCUCUCUCGUGUUUGCAUUUCACCGCACAACCGCAAUCGCAAUGUGCCCCACCGGCACCGCUGCCUCCACCCUCCGCCCCGACACCACCGCCAGCGGCACUGCAGAGUUCCGAUCAGCAUUCGACGUGCUUGACGUCGAUAACGACGGCAAGAUAAGCCGCGACGAUCUCCGCAGCUUCUACUCUGGAAUUUACGCCGGCGGCGGAGAAGCGGCGGCGGCGGAGGUUAUCGAAACUAUGAUGUCGGUGGCGGAUUCGAACAAGGACGGGUACGUGGAGUACGACGAAUUCGAGAAGGUUUUGGAUUCGAGGAGGAAUGCAAGUAGAGGAGGAGAGAGAUUGGGGGUGAUGGAGGAGGCGUUUAGGGUUAUGGACAGAGAUGGAGAUGGGAGGGUAGGGGAGGAGGAUCUCCGGAGCUACCUCCGGUGGGCUGGCUUUGAAGCUUCUGAUGAAGAUAUCAAGGCCAUGAUCAGAUUGGGCGGUGGCGAUGGUGAAAACCACGGCGUCACUUUCGACGGUUUUCUCCAGAUUUUCGCCGUCUGAUUACAUCGACCACCACGGCGACGCUGGCCAAGGAAGAAAUCUAGGAUUUGGGUACGUUGAUUUUAGGCAUUUUAGUUAAAAUGAUUAUUAGUAAAUAAAUUUUGUUGAAACCCUCUAACCUUUAUUGUUAGCUGAGUUCAAGUACCCGUUCUCUGUACCAUUUGUACUCCCUUAAAAGUUGAAUUUUUAAAAAUAAAUUACAAAUGCACUCUUUAUAGUUUGUUUAAAA